GUCUCUGAAGUGUCUCACGAUCAUCUACCCAAUAAACAUUCAUCCAAUACAUUCGUUUCGUCGCACGUUUCCCUCGCUUCGACUCAUUAUAAUCGUUUUCUCCUUUAUCGACUAUGCGUCGCUCCUCUCCCGCAGCUAUUGCUGCUUUGGCGGCAACGGCAAGGGCCGCCAAUUCCUCUCUCGCAGAUCUAUGCACAGUUUCCAACGUGCAGGCGGCCCUACCCGCGAACGGCACACUUCUCGGCCUCGACUUGCUGCCAUCUACUGUGACUGCGAGCGCGGUUUACAAUGCGAGCGUUGGGGGUGGGAUGGGCAUGGGAACGGGCAGCAGUGCCACCUACUCGUACUGUAACGUCACCGUCAGCUAUACCCACACCGGCAAAGGCGACAUCAUUCCCCUGAAAUACGUCUUUCCGCAACCAUCUGACUUCGAAAACCGCUUCUACCUGGCCGGCGGCGGCGGUUUCUCCCUCUCGAGCGACGCAAGUGGCGGUCUCGCAUACGGCGCAGCGUCCGGCGCCACCUCCGCAGGCUACGAUGCGUUCUCCUACAGCUACGACGAGAAAGUGCUGUAUGGCAACGGCUCCAUCAAUUGGGAUGCUACCUAUGCUUUCGCAUACACCGCGCUGGGCGAACUAACCAAGAUCGGCAAGCCGCUCACCCAGGCUUUCUACGCCUUGUCCACCGACACAAAGAUCUACACCUACUUCGAGGGAUGCUCUGACGGCGGCCGCGAGGGCAUGAGCCAGGUCCAGCGCUGGGGCGAUGAGUACGACGGCGUCGUUGCCGGCGCACCUGCGUUCCGCUUCGCCCAGCAGCAAGUCCUUCACGUGUAUCCUGCUACCAUCGAGCACACCAUGGACUACUACCUCCCGCCUUGUGCAUUGGAAAAGAUCGUCAAUGCUACUAUCGCCGCUUGCGAUCCUCUCGACGGACGCACCGACGGCGUCAUCUCCCGAACGGACCUCUGCAUGCUCAACUUCAACCUGACCUCCAUCAUCGGCGAAUCAUACUACUGCGCUGCGCAGACUAGCAGUUCCCUCGGCUUUGGCUUCAGCAAGCGCCAGGCGCCAGGCAGCAGUACCAGCUCGACGCCCGCUCAAAACGGAACCGUGACCGCCGAGGACGUCGCCGUCGCCCAGGCAGUCUACGACGGCCUGCACAACUCCCAAGGCCAGCGCGCCUAUCUUUCCUGGCAAAUCGGCUCCGACCUCGGCGACGCAGACCCCACGUACGACAACACAACCGGCGCCUGGGCGCUCAACAUCCCCUCCACAGGCGGCGAAUACGUCACCAAAUUCGUGCAGCUGCUCGAUCUCGACAACCUGUCCGACCUAAACAAUGUCACCUACGACACUCUCGUCGACUGGAUGAACACGGGCAUGAUCCGCUACCUGGACUCCCUCCAAACCACGCUCCCAGACCUGACACCCUUCCAGUCCUCCGGCGCCAAACUGCUCCACUACCACGGCGAAUCCGAUCCGAGCAUCCCCUCCGCGUCGUCCGUGCACUACUGGCAGUCCGUCCGCGCAAUCAUGUACCCCGACAUGAGCGAUGAGGACGCGCUGCAGGCCAUGUCCGAGUGGUACCAGUUCUACCUCAUCCCAGGCGCGGCGCACUGUGGCACCAACUCGCUGCAACCGGGCCCGUAUCCGCAGGAUAACAUGGCGACGAUCAUUGACUGGGUGGAGAACGGCAUCACGCCUAGCCGGUUGAAUGCGACUGUUUCUUCUGGGACGCAUGCGGGAGAGGUGCAGCAGCUGUGCCAGUGGCCGACGCGCCCGCUGUGGUCGUCGGGGAAUAGCUCGGCGUUUGAUUGCGUGGAUGAUGCGGCGAGUGUGGAGAGCUGGACGUAUACGUUCGAUGCGUUUAAGCUACCUGUUUACUAGGCUUGGCGAGGAGAUGCUGUAACUUCAUUGUAUAUAUUUUUACGUCGGUAACGCAUUGCAUUUCUCAUGUUGUUUCUCUGGCAAAAUCUGAUGCGCGUAGCGCGUAUAUGUAUGAUAGAUACCAUUUCUCUAUUUCCCCCUUGCCCCGGUGACCCAAAACGAGAAAAAUCAAUUAGU